CCCGCGGCUUUAUAUAGGUUACAUGCAAACUCCCUCCCUCUCUCUCUCUCUCUCUCUCUCUCUCCGUGAUGCAAUUCUAGAUAGAUUGGAGAGCUCCAUGGUGGAGACCGAGGGAACCCAGUAAAAAGCUCGAGAAAGAAGGAUCUGGGUUGGCCUCAUUUUCUUGUGUUUACACGGGAGGGAUCCAGGAGCUAGGACGGAGGCCAAAAUCUUGGUCCUUCAUUUGCAUUUAGGACUCGGGCGGCGAUACUGCAUUCGACGGUGGGGAUGAGGUUAAGUAGGGAGACUUCCAGCGAAGACGAGGAAGAGAAGGAGACACCGGUGAGUCCACGCAUCUGUCCGAGCUCACUCGACGUCGAUUACAAGGUGGUGGUGGGCUACGCGCUGACUACCAAGAAGAAGAAGAGUUUCAUGCAACCGAAGCUCGAAGGGCUCGCGAGAAACAAGGGGAUACUGUUUGUUGCCAUCGAUCUCAGCAGGCCCCUAGCAGACCAAGGUCCAUUCAAUGUUGUUUUGCACAAGAUAUCAGGAAAGGAAUGGUUCAAGAUCAUUGAGGACUACCAGAGAAAACAUCCAGAAGUAGCUGUAGUUGAUCCUCCUGAUGCUAUUGAACAUUUACAUGAUCGCCAAUCUAUGCUCCAGGAUGUUGCAGAUCUAAACAUGCAUGACUGCUCUGCCACAGUGGGAGUUCCAAAGCAAUUGGUCAUAAGAGAAGAUUCUCAAUCCAUCCCGCGUGAGGUUGCUGAAGCUGGACUAUGUUUGCCACUAGUUGCCAAGCCACUAGUGGUGGAUGGAACCUCCAAGUCCCAUGAACUGUUUCUUGCUUAUGAUCAGUCCUCCCUUGUAGAGCUUGAGCCUCCCCUUGUUUUGCAAGAGUUUGUCAAUCACGGCGGUAUUCUCUUUAAGGUAUAUGUUAUUGGCGAUUUUGUAAAGGUUGUCAGGCGUUUCUCUCUCCCAAAUAUCAGCAGGCGGGAACUUUCUAAACUCACUGGGUUGUUUCCAUUCCCAAGGGUUUCCUCUGCUGCAUCUUCUGCGGAAGAUGCAGAUCUCGACCCCGGUGUAGCUGAACUCCCUCCCAGACCCUUACUGGAGAGGCUUGCCAAAGAGCUCCGCCACCGGCUGGGUCUCCAGCUGUUCAACAUAGAUUUGAUAAGGGAGCAGGUGAAUAGAGACAUGUAUUUUGUCAUUGACAUCAACUACUUUCCAGGUUACGGUAAAUUGCCCGGCUACGAGCAUAUGUUUACCGAUUUUUUACUGAGCGCCAGCAAAAGCAAGGAGAAAACUGGAACUAUGGGAAACAAGUUCAAAUUAUGCAUGCAGUAUUAGACGGUCCUCGGAAUCCGCACAGUUGACAUAUAUCUCUGACUGUUUUCAGGUAAGUUCGACCCAGUACCCGGUGCCCGCCAAUCUGCUUCAGAUAGCAUUCAGGAAUUUAGCACCUUUCAUCUCUGGAACGGAGCAUCAGACUCAUUCUGUUGCAGAGGAUGCACCUUCAAAGUCAUGUCCAGUUAUAUUUGUCAAUAUACAUAAUCCAAUCUUUCAUAGCAUCACGUUUGAUGUAACAUUUUAACAGUUAUCUUAAUUCGUUCCAAUAAAAACAGGAUCUUUUUCUUCA